AUGGCAGACUUGAACAGCAACAACUCCUUCGACUCGGGCGCAAGCCUGAUGUCCAACUUCAACAACGGAGGCUUUUCUAUGGACUCGGUGUCCGCAUUCACGGCGAUCAACGACCCUUCCGUUGCCGCCGGGUCUACGCGCACCGUGUCCCCCAAGGACAUUUUUAACGAUGCCUUUGGGUCUGCACCCCCUUCCACGGCGUUUACCAACCUUACUUCCCCUGAUAUUGGUGACUCCCCUUUCAUCAACGACAGCUUCGAGUGCUCGCCAAUGUUCAACGGCGAGCCGGUUAUUUCUGACACGAGCGACUGGUUCUCCCUGUUCCCGGAGCAGGAGACCAAGAUUCCUGACACUGUCUAUGCACCUGCCAUUUCCAUGCCUAUGGACCGCACUAUGAGCAGCCAGUCUAUGGAGCGAUCCGGUUCUUCCAGCACCGGUUCUCCUCUCGUUUUGGACAACUAUACUCGACGAAAGUCGUCUGUCACCAACUCACCUGCAACAAACGGCAUCAGCAAGUCUCGUCGGCGCAAGGGUCCUCUGCCCAGCAUCACCGUCGACCCCAGUGACAAGAUUGCCUUGAAGCGGGCACGCAACACCCUUGCUGCCCGUGAGUCGCGUCAGCGGAAGUUUGACCAUGUCAGCACCCUCGAGCAGCGCAACUCUGAGCUCGAAGCUGAAGUCGAAAAGUGGAAGAGCAUUGCUAUGGCUCAUGGAUACAGCGGACAGUGA